AUGGCUGCUGCUCCUGCUACUCAACCUCGUGUCAUGGUGUUACCCUUCCCUGCACAGGGCCAUGUCAUCCCGCUAAUGGAGCUGUCUCGCAAGCUCGCCGGGCACGGCGUCGAGGUGGACUUCGUGAACACCGAGUUCAACCACGACCUCGUCAUGGAAGCAAUGGCAGAGAAGGGAGCAAUUCCUGAUGGGAUCCACAUGCUCACCGUUCCGGACGGCCUGGGCCCCGGAGACGACCACGCGGACAUCGGCAAGUUUGUCAAGGACCUGCCCGCCGCCAUGUCCGGCCGCCUGGAGGAGAUGAUCCGGUCGAGGAAGAUCAAGUGGGUGAUCGUGGAUGUGUCCAUGAGCUGGGCACUGCAGGUGGCCACCACGGCGGGUGCCCGUGUUGCCUCGUUCUCGACCUACUCCGCGGCCGUGUUUGCUCUCAGGAUGAACCUCCCCAAAUUGAUACAGGACGGUGUUCUUGAUGAAAGUGGGGAUGUGAAGGGGCAGGAGCAGAUCAAGAUGAUGCCGCCCAUCGACGCGUCGGAGAUCCCCUGGGUCAGCCUGGCCAGCACCAGCGCCCCUGAGAGGCGCAGAAACAACAUCGAGAACGUCCUCAAGACCAACCUGUCGAUGCCACUCGCCGAGGUGGUCAUCCUCAACACUUCCUUGGAGUUGGAACCCGACGCUCUGGCCCUCCUCCCCAACGCGCUGCCUCUCGGCCCGCUAGUGGCGCCCACGUCGAGGCCAGCCGGACACUUCUUGCCCGAGGACCUCGCCAGCCUCGCUUGGCUCGACGCGCAGCCCGCCGGCUCCGUCGUCUACGUGGCCUUCGGCAGCUCCGGCUUCCUGGACGCAACGCAGUUCCAAGAGCUCGCCGACGGGCUCGCGCUCUCCGGCCGGCCGUUCCUGUGGGUGGUCCGGCCAGACUUCACCAUCGGAGCAGGGCAGGAUCAGUUCGACCUCGACGCGUUCAGGCGCCGCGUAGAGGGGAAGGGGCUGGUGGUGGGCUGGGCGCCGCAGCAGCGCGUGCUGUCGCACCCGGCGGUGGCCUGCUUCAUGUCGCACUGCGGGUGGAACUCGACCGUGGAGGGCGUGCUGCACGGCGUGCCGUUCCUGUGCUGGCCCUACUUCGCGGACCAGUUCUGCAACCAGAGCUACGUGUGCAACGUGUGGGGCACCGGCGCCAAGCUCCGGCGAGACGAGAGAGGGGUCGUCGCGAAGGACGAGGUCCAGAGCAAGGUCGCGUGGCUGCUGGGUGACGAGGGGGUCAAGGCGAGGGCGGUGGCGUGGAAGGAGGCCGCGUGUGGCAGCAUCCGGGAAGGAGGGUCCUCGCAUGGGAACUUGCUCAAGCUUGUCAGCUUGCUAAGAGCAAGUAUAAUAGCGCCUAGUCAGCUGGCUACAAGCCGUUCCAUCUCAGACAAAGUCUAG